ACACCCCCUGUCACCACCGGAGGGGGGCAGCAUCGCGUCUGCCGGCCUCCUCCUGCAGAUCAGAAGAAGAAGAAGAGGAGGAGGAGGAAGAGGAGGAGUAGAGGCGCGGUGUGCGCGCAGACGCUCAGUUGAAGAUGGCGGACACAGAAGGAGCAUCAGUGAAGAAGAAGAAGAAGACGAAGGCGGUCAGCGAGGAGGAAGUGGGGGAGAUCCAGCAGAGCGGAGACUUCUUCAUCAAACCAGAGGCCAGAGCCGCCUCGCUGGACACGUCGCAGUGGCCCCUGUUACUGAAGAAUUUUGAUAAACUGAACAUCCGGACGGCUCAUUACACUCCUCUACCGAGCGGCAGCAACCCUCUGAAGAGGAACAUCCAGGACUAUGUCAGGACGGGGUUCAUCAACCUGGAUAAACCGGCGAACCCGUCGUCUCACGAGGUUGUGGCGUGGAUCAGGAGGAUCCUGCGGGUAGAGAAGACGGGUCACAGCGGGACGCUCGACCCGAAGGUCACCGGGUGUCUGAUCGUCUGCGUGGAUCGAGCCACGCGAUUAGUCAAGUCCCAGCAAAGUGCCGGUAAAGAGUAUGUGGGAAUCGUUCGGCUGCACAAUGCGAUAGAGAGCCAACACGCGCUGGCUCGGGCCCUGGAGACGCUGACCGGCGCUCUGUUCCAGCGACCGCCCCUGAUCGCCGCCGUCAAACGUCAGCUGAGAGUCCGAACGAUCUACGAGAGCAAACUGAUCGAAUACGACCCCGAGAGGAGGCUGGGCAUCUUCUGGGUGAGCUGUGAGGCGGGAACUUACAUCCGGACUCUGUGUGUCCACCUGGGUUUGGUCCUGGGGGUCGGAGGUCAGAUGCAGGAACUGAGGCGAGUCCGGUCUGGAGUCAUGGGAGAGAAGGACCACAUGGUGACGAUGCACGACGUGCUGGACGCUCAGUGGCAGUUGGAUCACAACAAGGACGAGUCGUACCUGCGGCGAGUUAUCUUCCCUCUGGAGAAGCUGCUGGUGUCUCACCGCCGCCUGGUGAUGAAGGACAGCGCCGUGAACGCCAUCUGUUACGGGGCCAAGAUCAUGCUGCCGGGCGUCCUCAGGUACGAAGACGGUAUCGAGAUGAACCAGGACAUCGUCGUCAUCACAACCAAGGGCGAGGCCAUCUGUACAGCGGUCGCUCUGAUGACCACGGCGGUGAUCUCCACGUGUGACCACGGCAUCGUGGCGAAGAUCAAGAGGGUGAUCAUGGAGAGAGACACGUAUCCUCGCAAGUGGGGUCUGGGUCCGAAGGCGUGUCAGAAGAAGUUGAUGAUCCAGAAAGGACUCCUCGACAAACACGGGAAGCCCAACGGCAGCACGCCAAGCGACUGGAAGAGCCAGUAUGUCGACUACAGCGUCUCCAAGGUGACGGAGGAGUCAUGUGAUGCUUCAGCUAAG